CAGUGGCACCCGCCAUAAACGACAUGUCGUCUCAUUCGUCCUGUUCCGUAAAAUUCUCGAAGUAUAGCUCUCUGUAAUCGCCGAUUAGGGCAAUCCAACGGCACUGCGUAGGGAGAAGAAGAAGAAGACCAACCAAUGCUUCAACAAAUUCAAUAGCAUCAAAUACUUAUUCAAAUCAAAGAACCAGGUAAAACCAAUCUCUGACCCUCUUACUUCUCAAUCCGAUGCUUCGUUUAAUUUGCUUAAAACUAAAGCAAAAAGCUUCACCAUAUUUACUGAGCCGCCAUGGAAGCUUGUAUUCAACCUCCACUGCAAAACCCACCUCAAAGUUCUCGAAUUUCACCGACCCACAACUUUUUACGGCCUCUUACCUCCAAAAAUCAUGUGGGUUGUCCUCAGAUUCCGCCAUUUCAGCUUCCAAGAAGCUCCAGAUCGAACCCACCGCCACCCACCACCCUGACUCGGUACUGAGUCUGUUCAGAGCUCACGGGUUGACUCGGAGCCACAUCAAAAAUCUAAUCACCAAACGUCCGGGGUUGCUUUUGGGCGAUUUAGACAGUAGCAUUGGACCCAAUUUGGAUUUGUUCAAGUCAUUGGGGUUUUCGGGAACCAGCCUUGCGAAAAUGGUUGGCAAAGAGCCUCGUGUGCUUGAAUGCAAUGCGAAAACGGUGUUUGAGUUCUUUAGGAGUCAUGGAUUGAGUGAAAAGGAUAUAGCAUCCUUGAUGAUGAAGCUUCCUGCAUUGUUUGUAUACGAUGCAGAGAAGAUUUUUAAGCCAAAGAUUGAGUUUUUCAGGUCUUUGGGGCUCUCAGAGAUUGAAAUCGCAACGAUUUUGUCCAACGAGCCUUAUGUUUUAACUAGGAGCCUUAAACACCACUUCAUACCGAGUGUUAAAGCACUUAGGCGGUUUCUUGGCAGUGAUGAGAAUGUGCUGAAGGCUAUAAAGGGAUACUACCGGAUGCUUGAGUGUAAUUUGGAAAAGUUACUUGAGCCGAACAUAACAUUGUUGAGGAGCCAUGGUGUGCCAGAGUCACUGAUUGUGAAGAUUUUCAUGAUUCAGCCAAAAACACUGCUUCUGAGGAAUGCAGUGCUCAGUGAGAUUAUUGAUUAUGUUAAAGAUUUGGGUUUUGAACCUAAUAAUCUGCUAUUUGUUUUAGCUGUUCGGAGCAUGGCAGUGAUGAGUACAGCGCUAUGGGAGCAGAAGUUGGAAACUUAUACAAGUUUAGGUUUGUCGAAAGAUGAGAUUUUUGCAGCGUUCAGAUCGCAACCCAUGUGUAUGAUUACUUCGGUGAAGAAGAUCCAUCAAUUGAUGGAUUUUUUCGUGAAUAAGUUGAAUUUGAAGCCGUCAACGGUUGCGAAGCAUCCAAACCUUUUGCUGCUCAGCAUGGAGAAGAGAAUUCUUCCUAGGUGUUCGGUUCUGCAACUUUUAUUGUCACAGGGGUUGAUAAAGGAAGACAUUAACUUCCCCUAUGUGCUCAAACUGACCGAGAAGGCUUUCAUGCGGAAGGUAAUGAGCAAGUAUGAACAAGUGGUUCCUGACAUUGUCAAGGCAAAUAAAGGCCAGAUAGAAUUUCAAGGGUUUCCAGUUCCCGUAAUAUGCAAGUAACAAUGAUGAAAUUGAACGAUUGAGCUAGUCCAGAAGGAUCCCGAGUUUAUUAACUUCAUCGUGUUGGCUGUGGAUGCUGAUCUUACUCAUUGGUUGAGAAGUUAAAAGGGAACAAGAGCAAAAUAUCAACCGGUUGUUUUGCCAAGAAACCAUGUUUCAGGAUAGUAAUUUCUUACAUGCUGUGAACUCACCGGUAGACAUUGUAUGUGAGACUUCAAAUUUCAAUUUAUUCAAGGAUGUCCAAGUUUGUGAAGCCUUGAGUAGGAACUACACAUUUCGAGCAAUGUUAUGGUCUCUAAACUGUAUGAUUACUCUUUACAUUUUCAUUUGUUUGUCUUCCUCUGACUCAUUUUGCAUUCUGUUUUACUUUGUUGUGGGAUUUCAGUGCAUCCACGCAGAUGUUUAGAGGUGGUUUAGCGUUUUUAUGUGUCAUGGCAUUAGAUGAAGAAUAUAAAAAGAGAGACGUAACU